UCAUGAAGUUUUAUACCGACGUUGAAAUCCUUCACAUUAGUUCCGGAUUUAAGGAUAAGUUUACGAUAUGUUAUCACAUAAGUGUGAUUUUAAAUUCGUUGUGGCAUAGCCCGAUGCAUCGAGCGUCUAUCGUCAAUGAGAGUAAUAACGGCAAGCACUUUGUCAAGUUUAUCAACAUAUUGAUGAACGACACCAGUUUGCUGCUCGAGGACGCUCAGGAAUAUUAUUUGAAAUAUAUACUCGAGGUGGAGGAACUUAUGUCCGACACUAUCACGUGGAACGCUAUUUCGCAGGAGUAACAACAAUCGAGAACGAAACAGUUGGUGGAGAACGAGGAAGAAGUCAGAUUCUCUCUUAAAUUAGCCAAGGAAAUAGUUGCCAUGUUUCAUUAUUUAACAGUCGACAUUAAGGAACCGUUUCUACGACCGGAAUUAGUCGGACAAUUGUGUGCCAUGUUGAAUAUCAAUUUGCAACAGUUGUGCGGAUCUAAGUCUGAAAAUUUGACAGUGAAAAAACUGGAAAAAUACGGAUGGCAACCGAAGAAGUUAUUCAGUCAAUUGAUUGAUAUAUAUUUACAUCUUGACUGUGAUAAUUUUGCGGCUGCUUUAGCCAAUGAUGAACAUUUGUUUUAUAACGAGUUAUUCACCGACGCUGCGAAUGAAUUAGAGAGAUCCGGCAUUAAAACUACGACGGAAAUUGAGAGUUUCGUAGCUCUCGCUGAGCGUGCGGCGGUAAUCGCAAGAGACAAUCGCGCGCGUGGCGACGCUCCUGAGGAAUUUCGGGAUCCAUUGAUGGACACUCUUAUGGAGGAUCCAGUCAAGCUACCGUCUGGUAUUGUUAUGGACAAAGCAGUUAUCAUUAGACAUUUACUCAACAGUGCCACGGAUCCUUUCAAUCGGCAGCCGCUUAGCGAAGAUAUGCUCACGCCAAUGCCCGACUUGAAAGAAAGAAUAUCAAUAUGGAAACAAAAAAAAACAGUGCUAAGGUGACAAGAAUUAUGCACAUAAAAAUAAGAAUAUAGGGAAGGAGAGAAAAAGA